UAUAUACCCAAAUCAAAGUGGCAUUUUUUCAAAACAAACCAAAAACAUAACUCUCUUUCUAAAAUUCUUACAAUUUCUACCAAUCUUCUUCUUCUUCAUAAAUGGAUUGGAUCAGAGGCCAUACCAUAGGCCACGGCUCGUCUGCUGCGGUCUCCGUUGCCAAGUCACGUUUCUCCGAUGAGGUCUUUGCUGUUAAGUCAGUGGAGCUAUCAAAGUCGCAGUUAUUACAAAAGGAGCAGAAAAUUCUGUCACAAUUGAGCUCCCCUUAUGUAGUUAGGUACAAGGGGUAUGAUGUUACCAAAGAGAAGGAUAAACUCAUGUUUAAUACUAUGAUGGAGUAUAUGCCGGACGGUACACUUUCCGAUGAAAUUCAGAAACAGGGUGGUCGGAUGAACGAGCCGUUGAUCAGGUAUUAUACGAAGCAAAUUGUACAAGGAUUAGAGUACUUACAUUCAAGAGGCAUAGCACACUGUGACAUAAAGGGGCAAAACAUUUUAUUAGGUGAAACCGGUGCCAAAAUUGCUGAUUUUGGAUGUGCCAGGUGGAUUCAUCCGGCAGAUAACGCAGAGCCAAUUGGAGGAACGCCGAUGUUUAUGGCGCCAGAGGUGGCGCGUGGGGAAGAACAGGGGUGUCCAGCUGAUAUUUGGGGAUUGGGAUGUACAAUUAUCGAAAUGGCCACCGGUGGAUCGCCAUGGACAAAUGUGACAAACGCAGCUUCAUUACUUUACAAAAUUGCAUUUUCAGAGCAAUCCCCUGUAAUUCCAAAGUUGCUCUCUUUACAAGCAAAGGAUUUUUUAAACAAAUGCUUAAGAAGAGAUUCAAAAGAAAGAUGGACAGCUAAACAACUCCUCAAACAUCCAUUUCUCGAGUCAAAUUGUACAACAAUUCAAGAUUUUGUGACGAGUUCCCCAACAAGCAUUCUUGAUCAAGACAUAUGGAACUCAGUAGAGGAAUCAGAAACUAGGAUAUUACAAACAGUAAGCUCAAUGGAUUGUCCUGUUGAAAGGGUAAGUAAAUUGAGCCAGGAAUCAGGUAAACAAAACUGGUGCUGGGUUGAUGAGAUUUGGACCACAGUUAGAAAUACCAGUACAAUGACAGCUUUAUCUGAAAUAGACCUGGAAAGCUGUAUUUGCUUUAACAGAGUAGUACCAAACAACUCUGUAAUUAACAGUCUCAAUUUUCCAACGCAUUUCACAUAUUCAGUAAAUAAAAUUCAUUAUUCAUAAAUUACUCAUUCACCAA